GUACGUUCCGUCGAUGCACUGUCGCCUCAUUUACCUUCAUUGAUGACUCCCAGUACAACUACACGACGUCUAAAUUGUUUGAGGCCGCACCUCCUGCGAACUGUCGGUUCAUCAAUACUCUCCCUUCGAAUGUUCAGGAAAGGUGGGCAUUCGUCAUCGCUACCCGUUUAUCUGCCAUCGCCGCAGACGUCGUGGUGCUCGUUGCAACGGGGAUGGCGACGUUCACGGCAAAGAGACUUGCCGAUAGAGCCCAUCUCGGGGUGUCCCUGAGCUCACUGUUGUUGCGAGAUGGAUCGACCUAUUUCAUGACGUCGUUCGUACUCCACGUCUUGCAGACUGUUCUGUGGGCUACCGGGACGUUCCUCUGGAUGACGAGCCUCAUUGAGGUCACGACCACUAUCCUCAUCUCCCGCUUCUUCCUGAACCUCCGACACGCCCACCAUCAGUCGCUAGGCGAGCCAGACUCGCAAGCUACCACAGUGAGCGGCACUGUGCGCUUCACCAACAUGGACUUAGUGGGGGACAUGGGAGCGCCGCUGAAGCAUGGUGGGACCGAGAGCGAUAUCUCCUUUGGAGCGUCGGAGAUGGAUCCAGAAUAGAGUUCCAUAAACGCUUUCGAACCUCAACACGUCCGCGAGAGGUCUGGUAUUGUGAGCUCAGGGCCUGACGAUGUUGAGCAUAUAUCGAUGGACCAAACCCACUCCUCCGAGUCCCUCCGGUAUCAUAGCUAGUUGAGCCUGCAUAUAACUGCUUAUGCAAUAUGUACAUAGCUUCGUACUUUGUAACGGCGAUGGUGAGUAAUCAACAGGAUGCAUGGCGGCGUAGCCUUACCAGAGCCUGACACUGUCCCUUGCAGAUAAAUUGCGUGCGAUGCGCCU